ACACACCGCUUCUCGACCAAAUUCGCGUGUCACGAAAUCCUGUGCAUGUGACAGACCUAGUAACAACAUGGCGGACGAUAACAACCAGGUAAACAAAGGCCAAUUUUGCUUAGUAGGUGAGGUUAUGAACGAUAAGUCGAGGGAACUUUAUGAAAGAAACGCUUUGGGAAACAUUGUCUCACAGCUAUUUCCUGGUUAUGGAGAAUUCUAUGCGGUUCCUCAGAUAGUAAAGAAGGGGAUUUUCGAACUUUUGUCGGUAUUUGUCAAGAAUAGUCGUGAUACUUUCGAAUGCGUUGGAAGUUUACGUAAGAAUGGGGAAAUCUUUGCGGAUGAGACGAGCGAUUUAUGGCAUGUUUUAAAGCCUCAUAUUCAUAGUAGCUCAAAAAAAGAAGUAAACAGACAUUUAACUACGCUAAGGCAGCCAUUUACUCGCCGUGUGAGUGAACUUUUUAUUGAUGACUUUGUUGGUCGUCCAGAAGGAAAGAUUUUUAGCUGGAUCGAUUUAGGGACAACGCAAAUUGAGUAUGUGGACCCUGUUAAGCUUACUGCAAGAGUUAACAAGUCAAGAUUUGAUCAAGAGCGUUCUCAGCUUAUGGGGAAAACACACAUAUACGUGAUUUAUAAGGUAUGUUAUUCUGAAAGACUUCAUUACUAUCCAGCUGUAGAAUACAGAUCAAGCUCAUGGCUUGGUAAUGAUAAAUCAUCACUAGAAAAUCAAAUAGAACUUUGCACUAAGUCUUUGGAUGAAUGCUGUGUUUUUGUGGAUGUGAGAGGUCCAAGAGCAUUUAGUAUCUGCCGCAUCCCACUGACUUGUGGUGGAACACUCGGCAUACCUGCAUAUGAUGUCAAACUUACUUCAACCAAUCCUUUCAGGACAGAUUGGGAUGAAAAAACAUUUUUUGCUCAAGAACUUGAUUUUGAGUUUGUUACCUGGUUGACAUCCCAAGUACAAGUCAUGAGAACCAAACAUUUCUGGCAGCCUGCCUUGAGAAAACUGUUUAGUUUUCCUGAAAUAGCUGAUAGACAGGUGGCUCUAGAGUUUUUGCUUGAAACCAUGAAAAAAUUUCAGACGGAAGAGGAAGGAAACAUUCGACUAGUUGAUCUGUCCUUUCUGAUUUCUAACCCCCCUCCAUAUCUGAUGUGCAGUCCAUCGAUCCUGGCCUCAUUUCUGAGAGGGGCUGGAAUUAUCUUGACUUCAGCACAGGAGGGUGAUGAUGGCGACAGAUAUGAAGAGCAAGUGGUAUUUCAACCAGAGAAUUGCCAAGAAAAUCUGCGGAUUUUGGAAGCUCUUCUUACAGUGCUUGUGAAAGGUGUGGUAACAGAAGAGCAGGGCAAAUGCGUUUCCCAACUUCUUGCUACAGAAGUAGCCUCUCUACAAGAACUGUUUUACACGCAGAUGGGUUGCAUAUGCUCGCCAUGGAAAAGCCUAGAUCCGUGCGAGAAGCCUUUGUCAGAAUUAUGGAAAAGUCCUUCAAGGACAAGAAAUUUUCUGAAAAGCUUAGGACUUCAAGAGAUUUACAAAGGAAGCCAAGUGGUUGUUAUCUGCCCCGAGAACUGCCAGUUACUGAACAUUUUAGCGUUGUUUUUCGGGAACAUUGAUUAAAGAAUGAUACCAUGCAACGAUAGGUUACAGUUUUUCUUUUCACAUUUAUUUCUUGCUCAAUAGUAGAACAUUUCACCGGUAAUUGGUUCCACUCUUCACUGGAACUGAGAUUUUUUCUUCGCCCUGCGCUUGCAAGAGGUCGGGUGUUACGAAAACUAUGACCAUCGAAAACUUAGACCUAAUACCUAAGACCCGUCUUAGU